AUGGGAAGUCUCUCGGAGAAACACCGACAUCUGGAGAUACAACUCAGGACCACAGGGAACCCAGAGGCAGGAUACAGAAGGGCGCUAAGAGACGCGAUAGCCAAUGGGGACUCCUACAUGGAGGUAGAGGCUCUGAAAUGUCUUGGCGACUUACACUUAGAAAAAGGAAAGUCCUCCAAGGCUUCUGAAGAACUUAGGAAGUGUAAAACAUUUUACACCGCCGCCCUUCUUCGCUGCAAGGAUCGGGAUCUCAAAGAAACACUGCAACAUCGGUCUAGAUACUUGGAGAAGGUUGCAGGGAAACUAGAAGAGAAACAUUGUAUAACAGCGAGCAGUAGAGAGGAAGCACAAAAUGGCGACUGUUCCUCUUCUAGCAGUGUGCUACGUGCUGCCGAGACAUUUCUUGCUUUGGACAGACUCCUUGCUGGCUUUGACGUAAAGAAUUUAGAGGACGAGUACACCAAGAUAUUGGUAACAGCUAUCGCGACUUGUGACAGAGUUUUGGAAGAAGAGAGUCUGAAAUCUCUCGGGGAUUUGUACCUUGAGGAAGGAAAGAAACGUUUGGACAUACUUCUGCUGUCGAAAGCGGAAGGACUGUACAACAACGCAAGAGGGCGCUGUGAGGAACCGGAAGCGAAAGAGGUACUGAGUCAUCGCUACAAGUACGCAGAGAAGGUCACGGAAGAAGUGAAACUGAUGUUAUGCAAAAGAGGGAUUAGAGGGUCAAAGUUCAAGAAUACAAAAGACCGGGGAAGGGAAGUUAUCCCUAUCCCGGACGCUGGAUCAGACGCUGAAGACUCAGAGCUUUUACGCUUAUACGAAGACCGCACCAAGAAAGGCCAGAGUAGAAUGGAGUCUGGAGAUCUGGAAGAAGCGGAGCAGGAUUUUGCGGAAGCCCUAAAACUAGUACAUGGAAAACCAACCUACUUGGAGCUUGAAGCUGACUGUCUUCACAGACUGGGAAACGUCUACAAAGAUCGAGGGAAGAUGACAAAAGACGGAGGAGACUUCACAAAGGCGGCAGCUCUGUACCAGGCAUCUCUGGUCAGAACAGGGAACGAAGACUUCAAGAAAAACUCCACCAGUUCAUCAACACAACGGAGCAGUCCUUCUUACGGCAAACAGUCGGGGUAUCAUGUGAUUGGAGAACUUGCGAAGUCGGCAUGAGGCACAGAAACGAACUAAAAACGAUGCGAUUGGAUGUAAAAACGUGAACUGGACGAUAUUGAUCGCUUACAUGAUCCGUACAAGUACAUGUACAAGGAAGAUGAUCCAGAGGUUCGAAUGCUGGAGGCUGGUCGAUCCAAAGCAAUCAGAAAUCUGUUCCACAGAAUAGCAGCAGACAGGGCUACGUUUUUGAAGAAUUUCAUUGACGAAUGCGUCAGCAUCAUCGGACAGCCUCCGUGCAAGUAUGCUUUCAUUGGGUUAGGUUCACAGGCCACGGAACUGGUCACACCGUAUUCCGAUCUAGAAUUCUCAAUUCUGAUUGAGGAAAGAAGGAUUCCGACGAUACCAAGACGUACUUUCGCAACCUUACACACUACUUACACCUGAAGAUCAUCAGCCUAGGUGAGACUAUUCUUCCCGCGAUGGGCAUCAAGUCCUUGAAUGAUUUUUACUCCCCAAAACCAGAGGCAAGCUGGUUCUAUGACUCGAUCACACCCCGCGGUAUGUCGUUUGACGGUGCAAUGCCUUGGGCCUGCAAAACGCCAUUGGGAAGGCAACGGACGAUGAGCAAAGAGCCGCUGGAGUUGAUUCAAACACCAAGGAAUAUGGCACGAUUCCAGCAGGAAGACGUAGCCGUUGCAGAGGGAUACCACCUGUCUGACGUAUUACGUAACGCCUGUCUGAUAGCAGGGGACAAGGCGUUAGUUGACACGUAUCUGAGUCUAGUGGAUAGAACAUUAGCACAGACCGGUGAGCAUUCUACUUCCAGUGGCGACCUGAUAGCUGAAGACAUGGGGAAAUUUAAGAUAGGACUGUCAUCAAGUAUCAUGAACGUGAAGCAAGGAAUUUACCGAUUUCCCGGUAUUGCCAUCCAGAAUAUCGCACUGGUGCUUGGAAUAAGCGCAAUGUCAGUGUGGGGUAUCAUUGAAGCAAUGGGAAGACAACACCAUGUAAGUAGAGACACGGCCCACAAUCUGUGUGUGCUGGUAAGCAUCUCAGCAGAACUGAGGCUGAGGACAUAUUUGUGUAAUGGAGGACAACGGGAAAACAUAUCGGCGCUCAUCGCUGUUGACACAGAAACUGGAGGUAACAGUUCUGUUGAUACGGCGAUUUCGUCUGUGUUUCACAUUCCCAAUCAACACAUGCUGUUCAGGUACUACUACACCGCGUUCCCUCUUCGAGAAAUGACUGCAAAGUCGUCCGAACAUUGGCGAGACAUUUUGCUCACUUCGGCCAUGCUGAAUUCAACACCUUACAUUAGAGGACUAGUACAUGCAAACUUCUGCAACUACACAAUGGCAGAGAAUGAGUUUGAGAAGUCAUUGAAUUACACUAGGGUCCACCAGCCCCAAAAGUUUCUGACAGUACUUAGCAAGCUAGCAAAUGUUCGCUGUGAUUCAGCCAAUCAUGAAGAGGCUAUCCGCAGCAAUGAGGUGGUCCUAAGUACCUGGAAGAAAACCAAGUCUUUGAAUAUAGGCUGUCCGGAAUGGUUUGAGUUUACAGGUGUGUUGGCUAUCCACAAUCUUGGCAGGUCACAUACUGAACUUGGUAAUUACAAAGAAGCAAUUAAAUUUCAUGAACAGGAGAUACUUGAAUACCGUCGCAUCUUUGGACAACACGCAGACCAUCAAGCUAUUGCAUGCGCACUCGGUCUCGCAGGGGGGACCUGGCUUCGUCUUGGUGAUUACAGAAAAGCAAUCAUCUACCAAGAGGAGGCAUUGGAGAUGACAAAACGCGUACUUUCACCUGGAGAACAAGUAGUUAGUGUAAUGAUAGCGUCUUUACUCAACAACUUAGGAUACACAUGGAGGAAACUAGGCAAUCACCGACAGGCGAUAGUACUCCUUGAACAGGCCUUGCACAUGAAAAAGACCAUCUAUGGAUACGAUACAGCACAUCCAGAAAUUGCCUCAUCGCUCGAAAAUCUAGGCUCAGUCUGGGGCGAACUUGGAGAUCUCAAGAAGGCCCUCUCCUGUUACGAAACCGCCCUCAAGCUGUACAGGCUUGCUUAUGGGAUUGAAACUGACCAUCCACACAUUUCUACAUUACUCACCUCUAUUGGGGAAUCAUGGAGAUGUCUAGGGGAUUACAGAAAAGCAAUAACGUUACAUCAUCAAGCUUUGAGCAUGCACAAACGGAUAUAUGGGUCGGUCAAAGCGCAUCCUGACAUCGCAAGGUCGCUAAAUUGUCUCGGCAAUGCCUUGAAACAAUCGGGUGAUUAUGAAAAAUCUAUAUACAUCUUUCAGGAGGCGUUGGAGAUGAGUAAAACAAUUUAUGGUCAGGAUGCAUCACAUGAGAUUAUCGUUUCUUCACUCAACAACCUGGGCUGUGUAUUAAGUCAACACGGCGACACUUUAAAAGCUAAGCAGUUAUUGGAAGAGGCGGUGAACAUAUGUCAAGAUAUGUACGGGUCUGAUGCAAAACAUCUACAAAUGGCUUCAAGUUUGAAUAACUUGGGCGUGGCCUGUAAUUCGUUGGGCGAUCAUGCCAAAGACACUGAGGUUGUAUCAGGAAGCGAUGACUAUAUAUAACAGCAUACGUGGUCCCAGCACAACACAUCUUACCAUGGCACAUGUAUUAUCAACCUCCGGAUCCACUAAACCAAGACGUAGUGGAGGACACGGCGAAGUUCACGAAAUUCAGAUCCUGGGUACAAUUCACCAGUACAUUGCUACAACAGCAUUGAAUCAGGGCAACGCAUUGCUUAAACUUGGAGAUCACCAGAAAGCUAUAAGAUGCAUUGAAGAAUCUCUACGGAUGAGCAGACUUGUUUAUGGUGAUAACGCAGCACAUCCGCAAAUAGCAAAUUGCUUGUUCUCCCUUGGUGAAGUUUUUACUAAGCUUGGGGACUACGAAAAGGCUAUCAGCUUCCAUGAGCAAGGCUUACACAUGUACGAACAAAUACAUCGACAUGACACAAUGCAUCCCGACAUCGCGAUUUCGUUACUAAAGCUUGGAGGGCUGUGGGUAAGAGUCGGAAAUCACAGGAACGUAAUAAAGUUCUUAGAACGAUCUGUAACGGUGGAAAGGUUCAUGCGUGGGGAAGUUGUGGACCAUCAGAAUAUAACAGUACAUGUUUGUCUUGGAACCGCCUACUUGAAUCUUGGUGAUUACAAAAAAGCCAUAUCAUGGUAUAACCAGGCUUUGGAAACGAUGCAACAAAUGCAUGGACGGGAUUCAGCACAUCCUGACAUUGCGGAAGUACUGACCAAAUUAGGCUACACUUGGAGGAGCCUGGGUGACUUUGAAAAAGCAACAACUUUCCAAGACCGGGCUCUAAAAAUGAGCAGAACAAUAUAUGGAAAUGAACACCCAGAUAUCUUGACCUCAAUCAUCUUCUUGGCAGGUUCUUGGAGAAACCUUGGCGACCACAGAAAGGCAUUAGAAUUGUACGAAGAGGCAUGUCAGGUGAGCAAAAAUCUUCAUGGCCACGAUGCAGCACAUUCUGACAUUGCCGACUCACUCAACAACCUAGGCGUGAUUCACGGGGACUUGGGAGAUCAUAACAAAGCACGGCGGUAUCACCAGCAAGCUUUACACAUGAGAAGACGUCUAUACGGACACAGAGCAGUACAUAAAGACAUCGCUACUUCCCUAACGAACCUGGGCACAGAAUUCAGCAAUACAGGAGAUCAAAGCAAAGCAAUCACGUGUUACGAAGAAGCACUCCAGAUGUGGAGAGAUCUUCAAGAUGACAACAGCGUUCUCACAAACAUUGCUAACAUAUUACAAAAUCUUUGUGUUUCCUGGAGGGAACUUGGCGAUUUCCAGAAAAGUGUCAUGUGUUAUGAACAGUUAGAGAAAGUAAAGAUUGCCUUGAAACGUGGCAAGAAAACUAAUGGCUGAAUGCCAAGAAAUGCACAUAUAAAUUUUGCAUAUAUAAAGUUUUUUUUCUGAUGUGGCAAACCACGUGCGAUGUUUGUUUUCCUACCUUCAGGUCACUUGUUAAAAUGCAUGUUACUAUUCACAGACAAUAUUUCCUAUCAACAUGUGUUCUUGUCAGUGCAUCUUUGCCAUUGAUUUUAUCCUCAUACAAACAAAACUAUUGUCUGUAAAAUCUCCGACAGAAACGUGUAUCUUUUACAAUUAAUUAAAUUUACAUUCAAUUUUAUAUUCCAUUGCUCCUUUUAUUGAUUUAAACCGGGCACACUCCAACCGCUGGAGAAAAUGACUGAUAUUUAAAUCCCCGACAGUAAAUUCUCCGACAGAAACGUGUAUCUUUAACAUGUAAAAUCUCCAUUGUUUAACC